AUCUGUGUGGAUUGACAAAACUGGAAGAGACUCAAAGCCCCGUUUCCUUCCUCAACCCCUAGGUCCACCUUCAGUGGCUGAUCUGGUGGCCUUGAAGUGGCUGAAGACUACCACCCUCCACAGGGCUGCACCCGGGCAUACAGCCAUCCUUCCCUAUCCUGAGUGAUCUUCCUCUGAACAUUGUCUAUAUCAUUGGCAGAGCCUAUGGUUGGAAAGGGGGCUGAAUGACUACUGGACUUUGUAUGAAAACACCAACCUUGGACAGACCUUCGGUCAAGGUUAAGAUUGGGGUGGGGUUGCAUAACUUGGCCUUGUCUUUUACUUGAACCAUGACUGGUUCCAGGGCCAGGGCAAGAGCUAGAUUAUGGACUGGGGCUGGCCUGGAAGCUAGAAUCAAGGGCCCUUCUAAAGCCAGAGCCAAGGCUAAGACCCAGGCCAAGGCAGUGGCUAGGGCAAAACCCAAAACAGGAUCAGUGACUCAGGCCAAGGCUAGGGAUGGAGCAGCAUCCAAGACACAGACCAUGACCCACAGUGAGGCUUUGGCUGUGACAAGGGGGGUGAGCAAAAAAAAAAAAGUCGUGGCUGAGACUAACGCAAAAAUGGUGGCAGAACCCAGAGUAGUGCCCAGAACCAAUUCAAAGGCCUUGGCUGGGUCCAGGGUCAGUGUCAUGACCCAGUCUGAAGCCAAGGCUGGUGCUGACAGUGAGGCCAAUAUCAAGUCAUGUGGGAAAGCUGAUGAUAAGGCCAGUAUUGAGUCCGGGCCCCAGAUAAACGAAGAGGCCAGUGUCAAGUCCAGGGCUGGUAACGAAGCUGAUAUUGGGAUCAAGUCCAAUGAUGAGGUUGAAGAAAAUGUCUGCUCCUGGUUCUGGACUGGAGAAGAACCUAGUGUAGGGUCCUGGUUCUGGCCUGAAGAAGAGACCCCUCCUCAAGUUUAUAAACCCCCACCAAAGAUCAAAGAAAUGCCCAAGCCCACACCCAAAACUGAACUUACUAUAAAGCAAAAAGCAGCAGCAUGGUCAAGGGCCAGGUAUAGUGUCCUAGUUCCAAUUGAGGGAGGGGAGCAAUCUUUGCCACCAGAAGGGAAUUGGACCCUAGUUGAGACCUUGAUUGAAACUCCUUUGGGGAUUCGGCCUCUGACCAAGAUCCCACCCUAUGGUGGGCCUUACUUCCAGACGUUAGCUGAGAUCAAAAAACAGAUUAGGUAUAGGGAAAAGUAUGGGCCCAAUCCAAGAGCCUGCCGCUGCAAACCACGUGGCUUUAGUUUAGAUCCUAAAGAGUUCGAUAAGCUUGUUGCUCUACUUAAGUUAACUAAGGAUCCUUUCAUUCAUGAAAUAGCUACAAUGGUAAUGGGUGUCAGUCCUGCUUAUCCAUUUACUCAAGAUAUAAUUCAUGAUGUAGGUAUUACUGUUAUGGUUGAAAGCUUGAUCAAUAAUCCCAAUGUUAAAGAACACCCUAACCCACAAGAACACCCUAGAGCUCUAAAUAUGGUAGAUGAUAGCUCUGAGUUGUCUGAAGAAUCAAAAAGGGAAGAGUCGUACAUAAAUCAAGUUUGUAAGGACAUAUUCUCCUAUCCCUUGAACUCCCCUGUGCAACUGUCUGGACUAAAAUUAUUAGGGCACUUGAGUGUGAAAUUUGAGGAUCACCAUAUGAUCAUCAACUACAUUCCAGAUUUUCUUACCUUGUUGAACAAAGGAAGUGUUAAAACCAAGUUUUUUGUUUUAAAAGUGUUUUCAUACUUAGCUAAAAAUCAAGCCAAUACAAGAGAAUUGAUCAGUGCCGAAGUACUGUCAUCAUUGGUUGCACCCUUUAACAAGAAUGAGUCAAAGGCCAAUAUUCUUACUAUCAUUGAAGUAUUUGAGAAUAUAAAUUACCAAUUCAAAAAGAGGGUGAAGCUGUUUACCAAGGAACAGUUCACUAAACAUGAACUUAUUUCCAUAUUUCAGGAAGCAAAACAGUUUGGUCAGAAACUCCAAGACUUAGCAGAGCACAAUGAUCCUGAGGUGAGAGAUAAAAUUAUACGACUAAUACUCAAACUCUGAAUAGCCAUAUGUUCUCCAAAACCCUUGAACGAUGUUUUUGAUGUUGCGCUGUGAAACCAAUGCAUGUUAAAGUUAUAAAUUCAAUACUUAAGUUAUCUGUGUUGAUUGACAGGAUCAGUUUUAUGGAUACCAAAUCAUGCUCUCAGCAUGAAAUCUGGUGAUUUUAUUGUGCUUUGUAAAUUGAGAUAUUUUAGUACUUUUGUAACAUAGUCUGAUAGUGAAUCUAUUUGUCCUUGAGUAAGCUAUACAUCGGUGAUUUAUAUUGACCAAAGUGUAUUCAUUUGAGACUUCAUUUAUAUGUUGUUAAUAAAGUUGUGUGCUAAAACUGGUGAAAACAUUGUCCUAGUUUUUUAGUUGAGAGUCUAGUCAGAAGGCAAA